AUGCAGCCCCCUCCUCCCCCCCAGCUGCUCAGCAGCGUCUUCCCCUGCAAGGAAGUGAGGGUUUCUGUCUUCCUGUUGGAGGGAGACAAGGCCCCUGAGUGCAGCGGGACGCUGGGCUGGGUCAUCAGUGAGGGCGGGACGGGGAACCAGCCAAGGCGGGGCCAGCAGGACGAGUGUGGUGCUGAACAGCUCCGGGGCUGGGAACGACUCUGGGGCCAUCAGACCCGGAUUGGAGCCUGUGGCCUGGAGUCUCCACAUUCCAGCCGUGUCCCCCGAUCUGCCCCGUGGCUGCCUGGAAUUGCGGUGAAUGGAACAGAAGCCAGCACCCUGGAUGCCUGUCGGACCAGAGGAAACCGGUGGCUGGAUGGGAAACGCAAAAGAAAGAGCAGCCAAUGUUCGGUGAAGAGCAGCAUGUCAGGGUACAUCCCUAGUUACCUGGACAAAGAUGAACAAUGUGUCGUGUGCGGUGACAAGGCGACCGGCUACCACUACCGCUGCAUCACCUGCGAGGGCUGCAAGGGUUUUUUCCGACGGACCAUCCAGAAGAACCUGCACCCAACCUACUCCUGCAAGUACGAUGGCAGCUGUGUCAUCGACAAGAUCACCCGCAACCAGUGCCAGCUCUGCCGCUUCAAGAAAUGCAUCGCCGUGGGCAUGGCCAUGGACUUGGUUCUGGAUGACUCCAAGCGUGUAGCCAAGCGGAAGCUGAUCGAGGAGAACCGGGAGCGGCGGCGCAAGGAGGAGAUGAUCAAGACCCUGCAGCACCGCCCGGAGCCCAGCGCCGAGGAGUGGGAGCUGAUCCACGUGGUGACGGAGGCGCAUCGCAGCACCAACGCCCAGGGCAGCCACUGGAAACAGAAGCGGAAAUUCCUGCCCGAGGACAUUGGCCAAUCACCCAUGGCCUCCAUGCCUGACGGGGACAAGGUCGACCUGGAGGCGUUCAGCGAGUUUACAAAAAUCAUUACCCCAGCCAUCACCCGCGUGGUGGACUUUGCCAAAAAACUGCCCAUGUUUUCAGAGGUAGGCGGGGGCAGGGGGAGGGUGGAGCUGGAUUUGGAGUAG